AUGAAAUAAUUAUCAAAAUCAAUAAGAUAUGCCUAUUGGAAUACAAUCAAGGACAUCAAUCCUCUUUUUGUUGAAGCUUAAUAUGCUGUAAGAGGACAAGUACCUUCAAUGGCAGCCACUAUCCAAGAGGAAAUAAAUGCUGGAAAGAAGUAUCCCUUCGAUUCAAUUACUGAAUUGAAUAUUGGUAAUCCAUAAACAUUUGGUCAAAAACCAAUCACUUUUAAUAGAAGUGUUCUUUCUUCUAUGUUGGAUCCAAACAUAUUGAAAUAUUAAUCAGGAGAUGUCCAAAGAAGAGUCAAUUUUUAUAAUGACAAAAUUGGAUUCCAAGUAGGUGCUUAUAGUUAAUCUCCAGGCUAUCCAAUAAUAAGAGAAGCAGUUGCAAAGUAAAUCUUAUCUUUUAUAUUAUUCUUAAAGUUUCAUCUAGAGAAGAGAUGCUACCAAAAAUAGACCUUCUAUUAAUGAUAUCAUUCUUACUGAUGGAGCAUCAUCAGGCAUUACCUUAAUGUUCAACUUAUUGCUUAAAGAUAAAAAUGACGGUGUAAUGAUACCAAUUCCUUAAUAUCCUCUCUAUUCUGCUGUCAUAGCCUAAUGUGGAGCCUAAUAAAUACCAUAUUAUUUGGUUGAGGAGAAGAAUUGGUCUGCUGAAUAAAAAUAAUUAGAAGGUAUUAUUAUUUAUAAAAAUUAUAAUUCAGAAUAAUAUUCCAAAGCAAAAAGAAAUGGAAUCAACCCAAGAAUAUUGGUAUGUAUCAAUCCAGGUAAUCCAACAGGAUAAGUAUUUGAUAAAUAGAGUAUUGUUGAAAUGAUAAAGUAUUAUUGAUCAUUUAUAUAAGGUUUGCUGCAGAAAAGAAAAUUACUAUAUUUGCAGAUGAAGUUUAUUAAGAAAAUAUAUAUGAUCCAAAGAAAAAGUUUAUUUCAUUUAGAAAAGUGGCCAAUGAACUUAAUUUAGAUGUUGAAAUAUAUUCAUUCCACUCUAUUUCUAAAGGUAUUACAGGAGAAUGUGGUUUAAGAGGAGGAUAUAUGGAAAUCACAUCUAAAGUUGAUUCAGAAGUUCAUUUCCAAAUUCAUAAAUCUAAAAGUAUACAUACUAUAUAUAUAUCCUAUAGCUAUUAUGUUAUGUUCAAAUACUGUCGGAUAAUUGAUGACAGGAUUGAUGCUUACACCACCAACUGUUGAAGAAGGUUGUUCUGAAUCAACAGUUUAAUAAUAUAAUGAAGAAUGCAAGGCACUUUUCAAUAGUUUAUAAAGAAGAGCUGAUAUUGUGACUAAAUAUCUUAAUUAAACUAAAGGUGUAUCUUGUUAACCAAUUGAAGGUGCCAUGUAUGCUUUCCCUAGAAUCUUUUUAUCAGGUAAAUUGUUAUUUUUCAUAUUUUAGAUAAAUAUGUAGAACAUGCUAAGAAAUUAGGUUAUUAGCCAGAUGUCUUAUACUGUUUAGACCUUCUCAAAGAAACAGGAUUAGUUGUUGUACCUGGUUCUGGAUUUUUGCAAUAUCCAGGAACUUAUCAUUUCAGAAUGACUAUCUUGAUUUUACCUGAAGAGAAACUCUUAGCCAAGAUGAAAAUAUUCUAAUAAUGGCACGAAAGUUACAUUGCAAAAUUCUAAUGAA